UUUGUGAUCUUAUAUUUUUUUAAUUAAUUUUAAAUAUAUGAAGUUUAUAUAUGCGUGUUCUUUAUUCUCUUUUCUAAAUAUUCACGACACAUUAUUUGGUAAUUUAUAGUUUUACAAGGAAUCUUCAAUUUUUCCCAUCUAUUCUCGUUCUUUUAUAAUUUAAAACUUCCUCCAAAUGAACAAGUCGAUUUUAUACGAAUAUAAUAAAUGAUAAAAGAUCCUAUUCCUUAGAUAAGUGUCUAUCUAAGAAGGUUCAUAAAAAUAUAACAUUAUAACCAGCAUUGUAACAGACUAUAUUAUGAUAAUGAUACGGUAUGUGCAUAUCAAGCUGGAAAAUUGUGGACAACAUUUUUCUCGUGGGAAAAAAGCUUUCUAUAGGCACCGUUUACUUACGAUAGCCAGUGUUUUAUAAAAUUUUUUCGAAUCCUCUCCUUAAGCAAGUAUUAUAAUUUUCUCGAGAUAAAAAUAUUUUCUUUAAUCGACGAUCUUAAAUGUCCAAUUACUUAUUUUGAUCAAAAUUAUCUCGUUAAAUGAUAAAGGGAGGAACCGUGAAUCGCAGAAAUUCGUGUACUGAUACAAUAGGAUUAAUGAAAGUAUUUCUUCUAUUAUAUCUUUUCAUUAUUUAUCGUUUUUUAUCAGUUGAAAAAUGACCAUUCUACAGCCAAUUUUUAAUAUACUAACAAUUUGCGGAUGUCGGAUGCCGUCCUCGUGUCGGACACCGUACAAGAAGAUGCUGUACAUUUUGUACGCGAUAUUUGUGUUACUUUUGCUCUACAGUUUCUGUAUCUCACAAUUUUUAAACGUGAUAAUUAACGUGAGAACAGCGGACGAAUUAUGCAACAGUUUUUACAUGUUCAUUGCGUCGUUCUUAUCCUGUUGCAAGAUCGUCGCGCUUCUGAUAAAUCAUAAAACGAUUAAAAUCUUUAGAAGGAAGCUCGAGGAGGAGCCUUGUAAACCUACGAAUACCAAGGAGGUUAUGAUUCAAAAAAGUUUCGACAAGAAUAUCGGGUAAACGUUUAAAGUGUAUCGAAAAACUGUUCUUUCAUUUCGUUCUUUUUCAUUUUUAAUUAAAAAACUAUUUUUUUUAAACGAAUGACGAAGCUUUUUAAUAAUACGUUUGUAUCGGACAAAAUUCUAAUUGAACUAUUCAAAAUUAUGUAAUUUAAGUCACAUUUUUGUUAUGAAAAAUUUGCAAAAGAAUCUCGUUCACUCUCGAUCAGCAACGAAAUAGAUAAUUGAAUGACGAGCCUUCAUCAAACGCUUGACAGGUUGAUCACUAUUUCUUAUACGGUCAUGGUGGAGUUUACAGUAUUUUGUAUGAUUGUAUCUUCACUGGUAACCGACUUCAGAAACCAGAGACUGGCGUACGAAGCUUGGCUACCUUUCAACUACUCUGCACCAAAUUAUUAUUACUAUUACAUCGCAUACGUUCAUCAGAUCAUCGCUCUGAUUGGUACGUCGCUUUUAAACGUGGCCUGUGACGUGACCAUUUGCGGAUUGUUCGUCCAUAUGUACAGCCAGCAAGAAAUAUUGAAGCACAGAUUGAAGGAAAUCGUAAAUGUUGGAAGUAGAUCGACUAUUGGAAAGAUCGUUCAUUUUCAUAAUUAUCUAUACGGAUACGCUUUUAUGGUAGAGGAGAAAUUCAAGAAAAUAAUAGGUAUUCAACUUUUAUCGAGUACUCUGGUAGUAUGCUUUAUUCUUUACAAAUUGGCGAACACGUCAUUUAUCAGCUCUAAAUUUCUGGAAUUCGUCCUAUAUUUGGCGUGCAUGAUGACACAGAUCUUUUUUUAUUGCUGGUACGGGAAUCAGCUCAAAUUAAAGAGUGUCGAGAUUGUGGACACGAUUUUCGAAUUAGAUUGGAUCUCCCUUGACGAUAGAAGCAAGAAAGAUUUGAUAAAUAUAAUGAGAAGAGCGAUGAAUCCGAUCGAGUUGACCUGCGCAUACAUCUUUACAAUGGAUUUGAAGACUUUCGUGAGCAUAUUGAAAAUGUCGUACUCGACGUACAAUUUCCUUCAGAGAACGAAGGAAUCGUAAAUUGCAAAGUUUUGAUCAAUCUUUGCCUAAUCAAAGACUAAUCUGAUUUUCAAGAUCAAGAACGUAGAAUUUUUUCUAAUUCGAAAUCUUAAAAUCUAAAGUUUAAAAUUUUUCCGUAAAAAAAAAGCGAAUCUUAAACUUUGAAAUCGAAUUUUAACAAGCUAUAUAAUAAAAUCAUUUAUUAAAUCA